GAGGCUGACGUAUGCGCUGAGCUCUCACUAUGAAUGCUAUUGUUGCCCUCUGCCAUUUUUGUGAGCUCCACGGUCCUCGCACACUCUUUUGCACCGAGGUUCUGCAUUCACCACUUCCCCAAGGCGCGAGCAGCGGGGACAUCUCUGGGCAGAAUGAGCAGGCGGAGGAGGAGGAAGGUGGCAUUCAGAUGAGCAGUCGGAUCCGCUCGCACAGCCCGGCAGAAGGUGCCAGCGCCGACUCCAGCAGCCCAGGGCCAAAGAAGUCAGACAUGUGCGAGGGUUGCCGCUCUCUUGCAGGAGGACAUCCCGGCUACGUCAGCCACGACAAAGAAACUUCCAUCAAGUACGUCAGCCACCAGCACCCGAAUCACCCCCAGCUCUUCAGCAUCGUGCGCCAGGCCUGCGUUCGCAGUCUGAGCUGUGAGGUCUGCCCAGGACGUGAAGGCCCUAUUUUUUUCGGAGAUGAGCAGCAUGGUUUUGUGUUCAGCCACACCUUCUUUAUCAAAGACAGCCUCGCUCGAGGUUUCCAGCGCUGGUACAGCAUCAUCACUAUCAUGAUGGACCGGAUUUACCUCAUCAACUCCUGGCCUUUCUUGUUGGGAAAAAUCAGAGGCAUCAUUGACGAGCUUCAGGGCAAAGCACUUAAGGUGUUCGAAGCAGAGCAGUACGGGUGCCCUCAGCGUGCCCAGCGGAUGAACACGGCCUUCACUCCCUUCCUGCACCAGCGGAACGGCAACGCAGCCCGCUCCUUAACGUCCCUGACCAACGACGAAAACCUCUGGGCGUGCUUGCAUACUUCCUUUGCUUGGCUUUUGAAAGCUUGUGGCAGCCGACUUACAGAGAAACUUCUGGAGGGAGCACCAACAGAAGACACCCUCGUUCAGAUGGAAAAACUUGCAGACCUGAAGGAAGAGUCAGAAGGCUGGGAUGGUUCUGAGGAAGAAGAGAAGCCUUCACCUCAGCCAGAUAUUGUGGAAGGGCAGGAGCUGUCUAAAUGCUCCCCUGAAAGAUCUCUGAUGCCAGAUCGCAACAGCUGGAACAUAGCUCACAGAAGGUUGUCUGUCUUCCGCUCUCUCAGGCACAUGAGACAGGUUCUCGGGGCAUCAGCAUUCCGCAUGCUGGCUUGGCACGUCCUGAUGGGGAACCAGGUCAUCUGGAAAGCUCGGGAUAUGGAUCUGGUCCAGUCUGCUUUUGAUGUGCUACGGACUAUGCUGCCUGUUGGUUGUGUGCGGAUCAUCCCCUACAGUGACCAGUAUGAAGAGGCGUAUCGGUGUAACUUCCUAGGGCUGAGCCCUCACGUCCAAAUCCCAUCCCACAUAUUAUCAUCUGAGUUUGCUGUCCUUGUGGAAGUUCGUGCUGCUACCCGGUCCAGCCUCUACCCAACUCUGUUUGAUGACGAGCAGUCCCUCAACAAGUAUGAGUUCGUCGUCACCAGCGGUAGCCCGGUUGCAGCAGAUCGAGUGGGCCCUACAAUCUUGAACAAGAUCGAAGCUGCCCUGACCAACCAGAACCUUUCUGUAGAUGUGGUGGAUCAGUGCCUUGUUUGCCUGAAGGAGGAGUGGAUGAACAAAGUGAAGGUCCUCUUCAAAUUCACUAAAGUGGACAGCAGACCCAAGGAGGAUACCCAAAAACUGCUGAGCAUUUUGGGAGCUGCUGAGGAGGACAACGUCAAGCUUCUCAAGUUCUGGAUGACCGGCCUGAGUAAGACCUAUAAGUCCCACCUGAUGUCAACAGUUCGCAGCCCGACGUCCUCAGAGUCCCGAAACUGAAGGGUGCUGAGCCUCACUUGCUGCCUUGGAGAAUCGCAGGGAACCCCGAGGUACCGCUGCCGAGCCCGCAGCAAGUGCGUGAGGCGGACAGCGAAACUUCAUCGCUGUUCUUCUGGUCCUCAAACUAACUUGAAGAGUGACUCGAGUCUUUUCUAAUUGCUGUGAGACUGGGUUAAUAAGUGCUAAUAAAUAGUGCUGCUGUCUGU